GAUCAUUUACAGAACGACACAUUUCGUCGCUGUCUCUUUUCUCAACAUGAUUCAAAUGCAACAUUUUCAGUUAUGGAUUUUACUGCUGCUUCAAGUAAUAGCACUGCCAUUUUAUGCGUCCGCAACUGGUCUUGGUGUUCUGUCAAUUUUAAAGCCAACCAUCCUUGGGAGGAAUAUCACGUUGCAGCUCAAUCUAUCACAACCGCUCAAAUCGGAGCAGUUCGCUGAGUGCGCAUUGAAAAUAAUGUUUGAUGGACAGAAAACGCUACAGACAAUCAACAAUUCAUAUAGCAGGUUCGAAAACGACGGGGUGAAGAUGAUUGAGAUAGAUAGAGCGAGUGUGAACAAAAGCUGGGAAAAGGCUUUUCUUCACGUUGACUGCAAUAAGAACAAAGUGUCGAACUACGUCCUUCUAGAAUUUCAAGGCGACAGACCUGUACUUGGUCCCCUAUGCGCAGGGCUUAACUGUACCUACUGCCUCUGUGUCAAACCCGGAGACAAGAUUAAAUGUAUUACGUCUAGCACCAAGGUCACGCUGUGGAUUGGCAACAGAACACUACAAGGAACAUCAGUUGACAGCGAUUACACAUAUAUAUCACACGAUGCCAUCAUGGAGGAAGACCAUCAGAUAACAGCCAUAUGUUCAGCAACCUAUGACAACAACUCAGUUCUUAACACGUCUGCAUUCGUUUACGUUUACAUACCUCCGAAAGACUUCGUGCUGUUUGUACCAGAAUUACUAGAAGACAGCCAUGUGAACAUAACGUGUAUUGCCCGCAGAGGAAGACCAUCACCGAUGCUAGAAAUGUACUUGGAUGGCGAGAACAUCACAGGUGUGUCUCAACAUGACGUUUUUGAUGAGAACACUAGCACAUACACAAGUGUAUCCACUUUGAGAUGGGCUAACAGAACGUGGGACAAUAAGAACAUUACUUGCAGGCUGUUUGUCAGAAAACCGGACGGUAAAUACGUAUUUGAGAGAUCGACGAGCACAACGGUGAAUUAUAAAUACCGACCGGCAAUUCUAAGCGUGUAUGUGAACAAGACAUGUGGACAUUCUGAGGAGGUUUGCUUAACGUGUUUCGUAAGAGGCAAUCCACUUGCCAACAUCUCUCUAAGAAGACCUGGGCAAAACAUUGCAAUCAUUGAGUGUCUGAACACCACUGAGUGUAACAUAAAAAUAUCAAAGUCUGCUAUCAAAUCGUCAGAAUAUGAAUGCAUGGCUUCAAACUUGAUUGGAACGGCACGCCAGACAAUCACCAUUCAAGACGAUUUAAAAGGAAAAGAAACACACAAUACCACAGAGGUUUCGAAUCUGCUGAAGUCCGUUAUGAUCGGAGUGGGAGUUUCUGUGAUGGUCGUAUUUACAGUAAUAAUUAUGCUCGUCAUCAGGGAAUUUAGAAGACGCAAAGAAAGUAUUCCGAAAUUGAUUCCAAUGAACACACAGGUAGAAGACACACCACUUCAACAAUUAGGACACGGACACCCAGACUUAACUAUUGCAGAAGAAGUAACUGCAACAAUUGAACAUCACUAUGACGAAAUCAAGGACGAACUUGGAGCUACACAGGCUUUAAAUCAGCAAACAAUUGUAAAUGAACAGAUUGCACACGCCAACAUCCAUUUCUCUGCAACGAUUGAACACAACUAUGAAGAUAUCGAGGACGAACUUGGAGCCACACAGGUUUUAUGUCAUCAAAGAAUUGUAAAUCAACAGGUGACACCAAAUGUGCGACCAUGCCGGGACCCAAUGUGUAUACGUAACCUGGAAGGCGCUGUUCGUUUUGAAAGCUCAAAACAACCCUUUGAACUAAAACCAAUAAAUUCGUUAGCCAAUCCGGCGGCUUAUGAAGUUCUGAAGAGAUCUGAUAGUGAUCCAGGUCACAAAUAUACGAGUCUGAAGCCUCGUUGUACAUCAUUGCUUGAGGAAAAUUAUGUUAAUAUAAUAUAGCGUAUAUCACGUAUGCGUGUGCGCACGUUAUUGAGCAUGAAAGCGUAUGCGAAUGAGCAUGUGUUUAUAUUUUCGAGCGUGCUUGCAAGUUCAUGUUUGUGCGUGCGUGCGUGCGAGGGGGUGGGCGCAUGAUAAUUUCUUUAUUACAAAACAAAGCAUUUGAAUAACUGAAAAUGUGAACACAAUAAUUUGCCAGUGAAUGCUAUCAUUUUGUUUUAAUCUGUUCUUAAUUAAGUUUUCUUAAUAAAGAACGCAUAUUCUAGAAACAAUUUUACAUUUUCGUAGCAUCGCAAUUUAAAUUGCGAUAAAUGAUAAGAUUAUUGUGUUUUUUUUACGCCUUUUUAAAAUUUUAUAUGGUGUCUUAUGUCUUAUUUUUCAUAAGUAUUUUAAUAUUAUUUGAUUAAUUUCUAAAGCAUGGGGCUUGUAUUUGAUUAAAUUUUCCUGGUAAGGCAAGACAUUUUUAAUACAUCUUUAAUGUGUUUUUUGUGACACUUUUGGCAGGAGAAAGAUUUAAAAAUAAGAUUUUUUUAAUGUGGCAUACGGAAAAAAUGUUGUUUUUUUUAAAAAGAACUCAUCACAAAUCAUCAGACAUUUCAUUCAAUCAUAAGGGAAUAAACAAUUGUACAUUAGCAAAAUAAUCCAUGCGUGCUUAAAAAAAACGGGUUUUACUCUGAAUAUAUUACUAUCUAUGUUGCCUUACUAAUCGACCAAUCCCUGAAACUGUGUUGUUUAUAUCAACGACUUUCAAGCUACAUACAUGUAUUGUUCUUUUGUAAAUUUCGUUAACAUAAUACUCAAUUUACGGCAUUGUUCUGUGUUUAGGAUAGUUACAUUAAAGAAAAACAUCUUACAAUAUUGAAUUGUUAAAUUGUUAGCCUGAAAUGCAAUAGAGCACGUAUUCGAUAUCGUUUUAUCAACUGAAGACCUCAAACAGAAAUAUUUUCAUAAUAUUAUACCAGUCUACUGUGAUUGUAACAAUCAUUUAUUGUUCAUUAUUUUAUGUUUAUCAAGCAUUUAAGUCCGUUUAGGCACGUUUUGUAUUGUAUGUAAUGCAUCGCCAAAUGUAUAAUACAUGUUCACCGGGACACUUUAACCUGAAUAUCUCGAAAGCUGCAAGUAGAAGGGGUUCACGCUGAUGUCUGAACCAUGAAAGGAGCGGUUGGUAAAGGGACGUGAAUUUCACUAUGAGAGAAAUAAAGAAUCUGUUAUCAGCAUGUAAUUAGUGUGUCGUAUGUUUUUGUUGUUUGUGAAAUGCAACCCUUUCCUCCCGCAAUGGGCACUUCGAACUCCGAAAUUCGAGCCAACGUAUAUAAAACAUUUUAAAACGCAAAACAUCUGCACACAUUAAUUGUAUUCUAUUGAUAUAAUUAUCAUUUUUUUGUGUGAUUUUAGCAUGUAUUUACCCUAACAACCUGACCGACCUUGCUGAUUGCGGGAAUUAAGGGUGAAAUAUAUUUUGAAGGCGGCUGCCCAUCCCAUACCAAAUAAUAUUGUUUGCUCUGAGCAAGAGGUGUAAUUGUACAAAAUGUCCGUUUUAAAGUAUUUUAACGAAACGUGUGUAAACUAUUUACUUGAAGCAUAUUUUUCUUCAAUAUUUUUAAUAUAUUGAGAAAGGUUGCGUUUAGUGGUGUCUGCAAACAUUGUCAGAGGCCGUUGUAGAAAACAACCUCGUUUGGCUUAAACGAUCCUAGAUCGGAUGGCUCCAUUCGCAGGCCACUUAACAUAUCCGCUGCAAUGAUUUUAAAACGUACACGUUUUAUUUUUAUUUACUUUAAUUAUGCAGAACAAACAUAUUUGUGCGUUCUAUAUUGUUUUCAUCACUUAUAAAGUGAAAAUUAUCCGGAGGUCAGAAAUUCGGAUAUAGAUAUUUAACAAAUUGUUUGCUUGUUCAUGAUGUAAUAUUUUCUGCCUGAGGGUCGUAUGGUAUAAUGACUCUUGCUAUUCAUCCGCCUGUCUGCCUGUCCGUCUGAAGUUAAAUUAUAUUUUUCUACCAAUUAUUGUGUCAUUGUGAGAAUUUUAGUUCAAUUUUCAACUUUACAGUUUUAUUUUCCUAGAUAAUUCAUACACGAUAAAUUUAGAAAUAAAAUAUUUAAUUAAUAUCUGAACAGUCAGUUCCAACGGUAAUUAGUAUACAUUUCUCAGUCUUUUAGAUUCAAAGUUGAUAAAAUAUGUUUAUGUGUAAAGAGCAGAUGUGCAAGACAUCUUUGUCAUGCCCUAUCAUCCACACGUUCUUGUCAGAGUUAUAUGUGGUACAACUUAUCCAAUUGUAUUCAAACAAUUUUAAUAGUUUGCAUUUUGAACUUGUUCUACAUUUCAUAAGCUAUUGAUAUGCAGCUUGAAAAAUGCAACCACCAUUCAGUAUGCAAAUGCGGGCAUGCUUUCAUGCCCAGUAAACCAUUUGCCCCAGAAUUGUGUAUUCAUUUUAAUUUCAAAAGCAUCACUUGUGCAAAGAGUAGUACAGAUCUGCUGUUUUGUCUGUGACAAACCACUUGUUACAUAUGUUGUUUUCAAUAUUGUACCAUUUACCUUAACCAGUUUUUGAUUCAAGCGUAGGGUUAUUAGUUGGAUCCCAAAACUGAAAUGUGUAUUGAACACAGUCAAAGGAUUUCUCCAUGCUAACAUCACAACUUUCAUUUUAAACGCAAAGCUAUUACACAAAAUGUAAACAAAAAAGAACAAAAAUGAAAAUUUAACUAGUCCAUUUAGUGUAUAUAAAAUGCAUCGAUUAAUUUAGGCAUAAUGUUUAAUGUUUAUGUAUGUGUUUGUCUGGUUUAAAAUAAUUAUUGUUCAUUGCGUGUUAUUUAAAUAAAGAUUUGGUUUUGGCCCUUUUCGUGUGUAUUUUCUUUGCUUAUUUUAAUUUAAAGAAUUUGUGAUAGCAUGUGAGUAACAAAGGUACGAUGUCUUGCACUGCUAUUAUUUACAAGGCUUAUUGUGGAUUAAAAACGUAUCGGUAUUUUAAGCUUUGAUGGAACAUGUAUACUAUGUUGACGAUGUUAUUUAUCUUAUACGCACACUUUUCUAUCUUGUGAGUGUGAUUUUAAUCAAGUUGUGAAACCAUCUUGAUUUACCAGAGAGAAUAAGUUACUUUAAUUUGAAACUAUUUACAUCAUUACUUGCAAAGCAAAUUAUUAUGUAUAUGUAGUCUAUAUAUGUAUGUUUUAUACACAUUUCAAGUUUAACCGCAUGCCUUUUACGUCGAUUUAUUGAUAACUAAUAUUACCCUUUGUUUCCGGCUACAGAUAAAAUAUAAGGUAAUACUUUUAAAAUUUCAAUGCAUUAAUAAAUGUUGUUGUUGUA